UGAGUAUGUAUCAGAAGUAGAAAUGUUAAGAGGAAAGACCAAUUUAUACCCUCAACCCUUUACUUGUUUUCUGUUCAUUUGCAGAUGCGUCGUUCGGCUAAGACUGAUUGGAGCUGCACGGGUCAAGUUGGCGCGAGAAACUGAACUUGAGGCCAAGUCGGACCAAGAAAGUGCUGAGCAGAAUGCCACGAUUCGCAACAAGAUGAGAAACCUGGGGCAACAGUCUUGGGCCCAGUACCUCUGCAUUGUAGAAAACCUUGCCGACCUCAUAAAUGCAAUUAACUGGAUGCCGCAAGGUUUCCUCUUUGGGGGCCAGUUCUCUUCCAAGUUCACAGGUGCCAUGGGAACCAUCUCGUCUCUGCUCAAACUGUACAGGUUACAUGCUAGCAAGAAGGCUUCUUGAUUGGUGAUCACUAUUGAGACAUUUGUGAAUAUAACUGAUAGGAAAAGAUAGUGUUGGUUUUACAUGGGGUAUGAGACACUUAAGUUAUUAAAUAACUUAUUUACAAACUGUGUUUACAAUAAAACAACAAAGGUGUGCCAUAAAUUUGUGAUAAUAUUGUAGCAUUGUAAGCGAGUAGAAGAAGUGAUUUUCACACUUGAACCAUUACAUUAAAUGAUUAAUAGAUGCAUGAAUAUGUGAGUAUUUUAGAUUUUGUAUAUACUUGUAUGCUCUGUUAUUUAUUUUAGUGGAAUUGUUUGUUACGUAAUUUUUAAAUUCUUGUUACAAGGAUUUAUUGGUGUUCAUCAAAUGGUUAUGAUCAUAUUGUAACAUAUUUUUUAAUUGAAGUAUAAAGGUCUUUUUAAGACUGUGGCCCAUGAUGAAUGUUGAUUGAAAUGUUUGGGUUUAUUAGCAUUGUUUUGAGUUAUGUAAUGAUUCAUGUUUUUAUCUGCAUUCAGGAUUUCUGGGCUUGAAUUAAUAACUUAUCUGAGUCAAUUUUGAAAAAUCUGUUAUUAAAUUAAUUUUUGGGGAUUUGUAUUGAGCAAAAAUUGCAUUUAUACUUAUUUUUUACUAACUAUAAAAAAGCCUGACCAAAGGCAUGUUUUUUAUGAAAAUGUCUUGUAUGAAAGCAUAUGAGGGUGUUUCUUCUGGAGUUGGGCAGAGAUUGAGGAUGGCACGUGGUUAUAUUUAGUGAUAUGUCACCAUGUGUCAUAUGAUUGAAACAUUUUCAGUGAGAUUAAAAUAUUUUAAAAGUGAAAUGUUUGUAGUCUAUGCUACUGUACAGAUUGUUUUAAAAUGAAAUAAAAAAUAAACAUGU